AGAAAAAUAGGAAAGUAAAACUAGACAAAUAAACACAACACCGCCUUGCCUCUCUUCAUCGUCGUGUGCAUUGCCCAAACAGAGAAAGAGGGUUAGAGAGAGAGAGAGAGGCAGCUGCUGCCAGAGUUGUCAGCUUCAAAGAACGGAGACGACAACAAGAGCCAAGCCCCACGAAGAGAAGCGCCUUAACCGCUAAUCCCUCCUUUUCUGCUUGGUUGCCCAUCGAUCCUCUCCAUCCCUCUCUCUCUUUCUCUACCGCUGCUUCUGCCAUAUCAUAUCGUGUUUGGCUUUGUGGAGUAGAAUGGGAAGUGCUGCUGAAGCGAUUCCGGCUCAUGUUUCCGAACCAACAAUUGAGAUAAAGAUAAAAACACUCGACUCUCAAACCUACACUUUGAAAGUGGACAAGCAGAUGCCAGUUCCGGCUCUGAAAGAGCAAAUUGCCUCUGUUACCGGUGUCUUAUCUGAACAACAACGUCUUAUAUGCCGUGGAAGAGUUCUAAAGGAUGAUCAACUUCUCUCUGCCUAUCACGUGGAAGAUGGUCACACCUUGCAUAUGGUGGUCAGGCAACCAGUCCCACCAUCAUCUGAGAGUUUGCAUGAUCACCAAGCUGAUCCUACUUCAUUUUCAAGUUGGAGUCACAGCUUUUCUGCAGCUGAUCCAUCUGCUUCAAUUGCAAGUUGGGGUCCCAGUGUUGUUAUAGAAAGUCUCAGUAUGCCUGAUCAAGGGGAUGGAGGAGUUCCUCCUGAAAUAAGUAGGAUUGUUUCUGCUGUCCUUGGGUCCUUUGGAAUGUCCAGUCUUGGAAGUGCCAUUGAUGGGGCUGAUGUAACAAGGGACCUUGGUUUGGGAAGAACAUCAUCUGCUGGUGCCACAUUCGAGAUAAACCAGCAAGCUGGUGCUAGAGUUCAGUCUGACAGAUCACAUAGUGCAUUUGGAAUCCCCGCUGUAGGUUCAUUGGGGUCUUCUUUACACCCUCCUGUUAUCCCUGAUGCACUGACAACUUUGUCCCAGUACCUAAGUCAUAUCAGGCGUGAAUUCAAUCACAUUGGUACAAGUAGUGAAAACAAUUCUCAAACUGACGACAUCAGCAGAUCGGAGCAUAGAGAUCCUAAUUCCUCUUCAUCAGAAUCUGGAAAUGUAGAGGGAAGACUUCCGACACCGGCAUCCUUGGCGGAGGUCAUCUUGUCCAGCAGAGGAUUGCUCACUGAACAAGUUUCUGAAAGCUUACUACAACUUGGAAGGCAAUUAAACACCCAAGAAAGUAUGACUGAUUCUUCAGCAAGGUUGAGAACUCAAACUACUGCAUGGAGGACAGGAGUUCAACUUCAUAACCUGGGUGCAUUUCUACUUGAACUGGGACGGACAACCAUGACUCUACGACUAGGUCAAGCACCGUCAGAGGCUGUGGUCAAUACUGGUCCUGCAGUCUUCAUAAACUCCAACAGUCCAAAUCCUCUCAUGGUUCAGCCUCUUCCUUUCCAACCGGGAGGAGCAACACUCGGUGCUGGCUUUCCUAUGGGCUCUGUGCAGCCUGGUUCUGGGUUUGUUCCUCGUCGCAUUGAUAUUCAGAUACGGAGAGGAGGUUCGUCAACCACCUCAUCUACUGUUACAAACGAUGAACGCGGUGACCCUGGCCAGAGAAAUCCUGCAGUUGGUGGUAGUGCUGAGAACACGGCUAAUCAGACGCUCGCAGGGGAAUCCGGAGUACGUGUGGUGCCCAUUAGAACCGUGGUUGCCACUGCAGCAGCAGCAAUCCCUGGUUCAAUAGGUCAUCCUUUUCUCGGAAGAUCUCCGCCGGUGGGCUCCGGACAAAGGUCUCAAGCACAAACACAGCAGCAGGCAGUUCCUCAAGCUGCACAAAAUGAUGAGAAUGCCGAGGUUCGGCCAAGAGAGCACUCAACUACCACCCGUAGCAUUAACAUCAACAUUCUAUCGGCAGCUGGUGGGGCCCGAACUGGUCAGGAAUCUGAUAGACAGGUCCCUGGAAGUGUCAUGCAGUUCCUGAGGUCUUUGUUUCCUGGAGGAGAAAUCCACGUUGAGGCUGCGGGUGGCGACCCAGGAACAACAACAGCAAACCCUCCUCCUGCCCCUCAGAACGGUGCACCAGCUACUGCUGCCUCUGAAGAAGGAUCAGAAUCGAGACCAAGCGAGGAAGGGAUAUUUCUCUCCAAUUUACUCCGACAGAUCUUGCCGGUGGUAUCUGAACAUGGUGGGCCAGGCGAUGCUUCUCAAGGAGAAGCACAGAGGUCUCAAGAUUCUUCGAGCCAGGUUGAGAACAAUGGGGUAGGGACAUCCCGUCGUAGCAGUGAUUCACAUCCAAGCAGUCCAAACUCGAAACGCCAAAGGAGGGAGUAAGGGAGCUUCGGUGGAUUGAGGAGGCAGUGCUUUGUGGCGAUAGAGAGCUGUUGUUGAGAAUCAAUAAUGGAUGGUAUUGGAUUUUCUUUAGUACAGGUGAAUGGCCUAUUUAUAUUUGUUUUUGUGAUCUUUCUGAAUGUAGGUUUUAGUUGGCUUUUCCAAUUUUUUUCCAAAUAACUGGGGGAUAUUCUGAGAUUUGAGGAACCGAAGAAGUUAAUUUUGUUUAUGAGUCACCUUUUGAGUUGGAUUCACCCUCUCACAUUAUACCAGUCAGUAUACAGAUUACAGCACUUCAUGCACAUGAUACAAGUAGAGAUACCUUUCAGACAGAGUUGCUUGAUCUUGCUCACUUGCCCUUGCCCUUGCCCUUGCCCUGAAUUUGCAAUCUAGCCAAUGGAUACUGUGUGCAGGCUCGGAGGGUUCGCUCGUAGUUACGAUCUAAACAUGAGCCUGCCAUCGUCGCCUUCUGAUUUUACGACAUAUAGGGUAUCCAUUCCAAUUGUACCAUGCAAAUUUACCAGUGGCAGUGGAUGUCGAAUUGUAUCAUUGGGUUUUCGCCACAUGUAUUGAAUUAUUCAUGGCAAGAACAAUAAUAUACAAUCUCUCAUAGAUGGUUGAAAGGGCAGGUUGGAAGUUUGGAGUCACUUGUCCUACUUUCACCAUCACUAUAUGAUAGUAAGUUAACACAAACUAGUCAAAUUAAACUAUUUUCAAUACCAGUCAGUGAGUUUUUA